AUGCGGCGUCACUGCAAAGGUCGGAAUGCCUUUCUCGCUGUAUCUCCAUUCGAGCGUCAGUUGGCGUGUCGUUUCUUGGGUGUAAGAUUCCAAAUUGAGCCGUCCGAAGUCUCCAAGCUGUGCAGAGGCAUCUUGCUGGGACGGCUCUUGGCUUUUGGCUCGAGGAACGGCCAAGGGCGGGUCCCAUUCUUCCUUAAUCUUCUUAAUCUUAGACGUGGGAAUGGCAAACACCAUAGUGGCAUCGCCCGCGCCAUACUUCUCUGGCACGGUGCCUUUGAUAUCAAGAAGCGGCUUGAUAAUUUUGAACCAUGUCCAUCUCUGUUGCUGCAGAGGGCUUCCGCACGUACUUCAAAUCAGCAAUCAGUAUUGUGUUCACAUUCACCCCUGAAGGUAACUCACACGUUUGCCUCAUAUAAAGUGAUGCUGCCUUUUCGAGCAUCUAGCUUGAGGGCAUCCACACUUUCUGCGAUCUCAACCGAUUCUGGACUGUGUGUGCUGAGGCUCGCACUCCGUUUCAGCAUCUUGUUCCUCACCAUGUCCUGCUUGAAAUGA